UGUGCCAUGGCGGAACCCCAGAGGAAACGCGGGCGGCGGCCCCGAGGCGGCGGCGCCGGCCGAGGGGCUAGGGGAGCCCGGGGCGGCCGGGGCCGGCGUCCUCGCACGCAGCGGUCUCCAGCUCGGGUCACCUUGGACUCGGUUCUGGUGGACUUGGUCAGCGAUAGCGAUGAGGAUAUCGUGGAGGUUGAAACGGCGCGCGGCGCGGCGGACCCGGUGGAGGUCCCGCUCCCGGAGCCCUCGGUGCCGGCCGCGCCCCGGGACGACAGCGACAGUGACAGCGAAGGGGCGGACGCACGGCCGGGUGACGCCCCGCGGGCCCCGGUCCGGCGACGGCGACGGCUGCUGCUGGAUCCCGGGGAGGCACCGGUGGUUCCGGUGUACUCGGGGAAGGUGAAAAGCAGCCUCCACCUCAUCCCAGAUCACCUGUCCCUCCUGAAACUCUGCCCCCCAGGGACUGAGGAAGACACAGACGGCCCAGAUGGGGAUAGUCCACAUGCGGAGGAGCCCCCCUUGCUAGAUGACCCCUGGAAGAAGCGGCUGAGGAAAAAGGAUGAAGAAGAGAAGGAAACAAUGUUUCUGUUUCAGGACGUCUCUCCUCUGCCCACACCUUUGUCAAGGACCAAAAGCAGAAAUCAUACUCGGGCACUCCAGAAGCUGAGGGAGGUGAACAAGCGCCUCCAAGAUCUCCGAUCCUGCCUGAGCCCCAAGCAGCGCCGAGGCCAGGACCUCCUGAGCCAAGAAGACGAGGUGGUACUGGUGGAGGGGCCCGUUCUUCCUGAGAAUCCCCGGCUCUUCCCCCUCAAAAUCCGUUGCCGGACUGACGUGGUCAGGUUGCCCGUCAGAAUGUCGGAGCCCCUACAGAGUGUGGUGGACCACAUGGCUGCCCAUCUUGGGGUGUCCCCAGGCAGGAUCCUCUUGCUCUUUGGAGAGACAGAGCUGUCCCCUACUGCUACCCCCAGGACCCUAAAGCUCGGAGUGGCUGACAUCAUUGACUGCGUGGUGCUAGCAAGUUCUCCGGAGACUACAGAGACAUCCCAGUUGCUCCAGCUGCGGGUGCAGGGGAAGGAGAAACACCAGAUGCUGGAAGUCUCGCUGUCUCCUGAUUCUCCUCUCAAGACCCUCAUGUGCCGCUACGAGGAGGCCAUGGGACUCUCGGGUCACAAGCUCUCCUUCUUCUUUGAUGGGACAAAGCUCUCAGGCAAGGAGCUGCCUGUGGACCUGGGCAUGGAAUCUGGGGACCUCAUUGAGGUCUGGGGCUGAAACCCCACUCCCUGUUUGCAACCCUGCUGGGCUUGAGGACAACUAUGCCUCUUUGGCUCUCUGAGGGCCACAGAAGCUGAUGUAGAAGGAGUGAUCUUUGGCCCCCUCUCCUACUGCUCUGGUUUUAAGCCAUCGGUCCCCUGGUUCAUUGUGGAAUUGUUACCCUGGGUGGCCUGUGGCUCCAGCCAUGACGUGCUGAGCUUUGCGUCCUGUUGGGACAUGAGACGAUGUCCUCCACCCACCCCACCUUUCAUGUCCCCCAUCGUCUGUCCCUUCGUUGAAACAUCUGUCCUAUGAAGCUGCUCAUAUAUAAGGAGUGAAUUGAAAUAAAUGAUGGUUAGGUAUGGGGUUCCGGGAUUCUUAAUGUCUUAGUCUUAGUGUCGUUUGGGGGCAGAGAGUGAUGUUUGCUUGCAGUGCGUGCAGGUGUGGGCCCUUGCUCGCAGGCAAAUCCCUGGGCCUGCUCACACCUGCGUUAGCUUAAGCGUAGAGACACAGCAGGCUCCUCUUGAAGCUGUUGCCAGUCCUCAGCAUUGGUGAGCUUUCUCAGGCCAGGCCUUUAAGUUCUUUAAGGCACGACAGCACAUUCCACCUUUUUGCUUUUAAGUCUCAGGAUUAUGGUCCCUACAAGGCUUUUCCAGUUUUAUGGCUUCUCUUUCUGCCCACCGCCUCUCCCAUAAGCACCCAUUCUAAGGUGUUAAUUCCUUGCUUUUGAAUGUGAGUGUGUCCUUGCAAGAUGUGUCCACAUGUCUGUACAUUUUACGUGUGUUUCAUCAUUUUGCAUCUUUCUUUUUUCACUCAACGUGCGUUGCUUUUUCUGCAUCUGCUUUGUUGUGUCGAGCUGCUCUGUGGUGUUCUGCCGUGGGUGCCCCUGUGUUGCACUUAACAGCUUUGCUAAGUGGCAGGCCCCUGUGGCCUCCAGAUCCCCAACCUAUCCAAGGUCACCCUGUCCUGUGUCCCCUUCUAUGCCAGCGUGGGAAGUUCUCUGGCCCAGUACCCGGAGGGGUUGGUGGGCCAGAGAGGUUCUAAUUUCUCUUGAGCGUGAUCAUUGACCCCCCGCCCCCUGUGAGUCUGCACACCGCGUCCUCUCUAGCACUUGAUGUUGCCACACUUCCUAAUUGCUGCCAGUUUGAUGGGUACAAAGUGGCAUGGUGUUUUAGUGUACGUCCCUCUACUCGCUAGUAGUUUGGGGAAUUUCCUCAUGUAUCAGUCUUUCCUGACUUCCCUUUCCCUGAACUGCUCAUUUAUCUUUGCUCAUUUUCUUAUCAGGGCUUCCUGUCAUGCGUUGGGUUUAUUCUCAAGAGUUGCUCUUCUGUUCCUGGGUAAUUGGUACUUGUAUUUGUCCUUCAUUGCACACAAAUUUUCAAUGUAGAUAAAGUUACUUUGUAACAUUUGUUGCUUUGGGAUUUCUUAUUUAAAAGUAAUUAUCAGGAUAAGGCAAUGGAAGGCUUACAGGAAUUUGUCUUGAAAAAAGAGUAAUGUAGAGUAUAUAACGUGACCACACUCAAAGUUUUUACAUUUUCUCCUGUUAGCUUAUUAGUUUCUCCUUUCAUAGUCGAGCCACUCACGAGGGCUGAAGUCUAGUCAGCGUGUAAGUCUAGUCAGCGUGUAAGUCCAGUCAGCGCGUAAGUCCAGUCAGCGCAUAAGUCCAGUCAGCGCGUAAGUCCAGUCAGCGCGUAAGUCCAGUCAGCGCGUAAGUCAGUCAGCGCGUAAGUCAGUCAGCGCGUAAGUCAGUCUGCGCGUGCUGGUGCGUGUCCUGGUUGUCGUCUGUUCUGCACCAUCAAACACCUGUUUCAUUGGUUGAUGCAGGCUGCUAAAAAUUGACUUAUGCCUUCUAAACUUUUGACUAUUCUCCUUUGUGGGAGCCAAGUUUUGCUUUCCUCAGAUAAUGAGCCAGUUUUCUGAAUGUGUCUACUAAUAAAGCCAUUACUUUUCCACUGAUGUGGUAUAAUUUUGGCAAAAAUGUGUUAUCGUCCUAAAAUUUUUUGUGGUUGGAAUGUGGCAUUCCUUUGCACUUACAAUGUAAGGGGGAAAUAGAGAGCUUUAUCACAUUUAAAUAAUCCAUGAUAUGGUGUAGCCCCCCCUUUUUUCCUACAGAUUUCUUAUGUCUGUUGUGUUUGAAUGCAUUAAUGUAUUCUGUCUCAACAGAAUAAAUGGAAGUACAUUCCACUUGAGUAUACUUGAGGACUUCUGUCUUUGUGACCCUCAUGGGACCCCCACCAUGUCUCCUGAGACCAUUAGUUGUCCCUCAUCCAUUCUUCCUUCCAGGGCAGGUAACAGAACCCCUGGUUUUCAGCAAAGCACAGAGGCUUCAGAAUGAGGAGAGUUCACGGGAGGGAAUGCUGAUAUGUAUGUAAGUGGGGGGCAUGUAUCCUAUGUACCCCUCUCCUUUGCUGUCUUUUCCACUGCUGACUGGAAGUGGAACAGCUCCACUCACACGGGGUGACCUUGAGAAAGAAGCCACACAGGACAGGACAAGGGAGAGGAAAGCCUGGGUGUCAGCAACCAUGUGUGGAAUAGCCCCCCAUGGCUGACCCCUGGGCUCCUCUGGGACGGGGACCUGCAUCUUUAAAUCACUGCUAUUUAAGGAUUCUGUUCCCUUCCAACCAAACCUGGUUCUAGCCCCAGGAUAUUGGUAUUCCCAGUGAUAAUAUAAUGAUCCUGCCUGGGCCCUCGCUGGUGGCUCAGCAGGUUAAAGCACAGCACUAUGAAGCU